CCACCACCACCACCACCAGCCAUCUUUGUUGUUGUCAGAAGAGAGGAGAAGAGAGAGGAAAAAAAGUGCAACUUUGGUCGUUUGCUGCCGCUGCUGAUGAUGGAGGUGGAGGUGGAGGACAUGGCACAUGCAGCCGUGCGCUGGCUGUGUGCACACUGGACAGCGGCUGCUGGCACAGCAUGCACAGGGUUGGCGUGCGCUCUGCUGGAUACACAGCGCCCAGCAAGACACCACCGCGAUGCGCACCCGGGUUUGCUGCUUGGCGCCAGCAUUGCCGCACUCAUCCUUCCCCUGUGGACAGCCCACCUUGCAGCACUGUCCUUGUUAUCACUUCACAUGAUCCAUGGCGCGUGGUGUCCUCCCAACCCCAUCCUCAAAGUGUCUGCAGCGGCCAUCGCACUUUCGGCAGUGGCAUGGUCGCUGGAUACGACAUGGACGUCAACUCUUUGCGUUGGGGACGCAUCGGGUGCUGCACUGGCAGCCACGCUCCCUCUGGUCCUCCUUCAUCUCUUUCCAGCAAGCUUUACGCACUGCGAGGCAUGGCUCACCACUCAAGGCCUGCUGUGUGCAGCAGCAGUGGCAGCCUCACCAGUCAUGGCCAUUGCCCCCUACGUGACAUUACUGCCGCUCCCCCUCAGCUUCACAGUCGAACAGCGACUCGUUGCGAUAUGCGUUCUUGGUGCACUGCUCGUCACAGCAUGCGGCCGCGUCUUCAUGGCCCUCGUACCUCGGCGCCAUUCCACUGCCACCACCCCCAUCGCCACCACCACCAUCGCUGCACUGGCUGGCGUUGCGCUUUCAGGCUUUGGGUUUGUCAUUCCCAUGCUCUCACACACUCUGCAACAGAACACGUUUGUGUGGCUGUGGUCGUUCAUGUGCAUCAACGUCUUUCCGCUUGCGUAUUGCGCGUGUGUGUGUGCGACUGGCAUCGGCGCGAUCGCCAUUGCACCGCUGCACUCGUCCCUCCACCUCCGAAAGGCAUACCACUUCCUCGCCCUCGUCCUCUUUGUGCCGUUACUGCUGUUUGCACGGGAGUUCCUGUUCAUCAGCCUCAGCUUUGCGUUUGUCGUCUUCGUUCUCGGCGAAUUCGUGCGCGCGUGUGCGCUGGAGCCGUUUGCUGCACCACUUGAGCGGCUGACGCGGCGGUAUUGGGAUGGACAGGACAGCGGGGCCAUUCUGCUCACGCCAAUCUACCUUCUCACGGGCAUCGCCAUCCCAAUCUGGUCCACACCAUCACCGCCAUCAUCGCUGCCAUGGCUGCGGGUGCCCAUCGCUGCGUGUGCGGGGCUGCUCGCUGUCGGUGUAGGCGACUCGGCUGCAGCCGUCAUUGGCAGGAGGUGA